AUGCUAGAGGCCCAGUACAUUGACGCGGAAUUCGACCACCUAAGACAGGUACUGGAAAAUAAUGGGUACAACUGGCGUCAGUGUACUCGAAUGGCGAGCUCAUCAAGUAAAAGAAGACGGCCGGCAGUUGCGGAACGGACUCCAGCAUUUUUACCCUAUGUGAAAGGAGUAACCGACACCAUCGGACACCUGUUACGCCGGAGAUACAGCAUCAGGACGAUCUUCCGCCCACCCGGUCAGUUACGACAUCUUCUGCGCUCGCCUAAGGACAAGGAUCCGCUGGCGGUUCCCGGAGUAUACAUGAUACCGUGCGACUGUGGCUCGAAUUACAUCGGGGAAACUCGCCGCAACAUCACAACCAGACUAAAAGAACACAUACGCAGUGUGAAAAACCGAGACACCCAUACAUCGGCGGUAGCUGAGCAUGCUUGUAGUACGGGCACGGCUCACUUCCUCCGUUUCGACAAGGUCUCAGUACUAGCGAGGGAAAAAUACUUCGUACCGCGGAAAUUACGUGAGGCCAUCGAAAUAAGCCGGCGUCCGAACUUCAACAGAGACGGUGGCUGGGCAUUACCACCUGCCUGGAAGCCAAGUCUGAAAUCUGCAUCAGACUGCACUGUUGCGGGUCUGGAGUGUGACACAGUUAGCGCGGUAUGUAACACUGAUUUUGCGUCGACCCGGGAUUCGAACCCAACACCAACGCAGCUGCAGGCGGGCGAGUCUAGCGUGCCAACAGUGUCGCGCGCGCCGUCGCUGCCGACACCUCGGCUAGAAGAAAGUGCGCGUGAAUCACGGCAGAGGGCGCGUUAG